AUGACCGUAAUCUGGGGUUUAGAUCUCAAGGAGAUGCAAUGGGGCAAAUUCAAAGGAGCUUACAUGUUUAAUCAAAUCUAUCAUCUACGAAAAACAAAGAUGAUAGUCUAUCAAAUCGCCAUGAUCUUCUGCGUUUGUUCCGAAUCUGUAGGAACAGCUGCUUUAAGUGAUUACGUGGAUCAGCGAGAUGGCAUAAAAUCACGAUAUGGUUAUCAUACAUCCGUUAGAGAUAUCGUUGGAAUAUUUUCAUUCAAUAUAUUUGUCGGUAUAGCAGUUGCGACCAUCUUUGGAUCUGGAUUCUUUUUCGAUCUUUUCUGGCCUCAACGGCAUGAAACUCCUGCGGUAAAGAUGGCUUGGAAGAUUUGUUCGGUUUUGAUGUGUGUUUUUACUUUGGCAGAUGCUAUUGCUCUUACAGUCAUUGUAGCUACACAAAGAGCAAUGAUUGAUGGAUUGACAAAUUCAGAAGCACAAAGAUAUUUUGAUUUGAAUGGUCCUCCAAAUCCUAUUUAUCGUAAAAAUGCUUAUUGUAUUGCUUCCACUGUACUUUUAUGGCUCGGUAUGCUAGGUACAUUUGCUAGUACAUAUAUCAUGUGGAAAUCACUCGCUCAUGAUAAGAAAUUCGCCACACCUUUCGCAGCUGGUAAAGGACCUGCCGAUGAUCCAUGGGAUAAAUCCAAUCGACCAGGAACUGAAUUAGAAAAAGCACCUACAUCUAUUGAACCAGCGGUUCAAACUCAUAAUAAUGAUCUAGAACAAGGUAGAGGUAUUGUUCAUGAUGGACCUGUAGCGCCAGAAACAAACCCAGUUGUCAAUUAA